AUGCUGUGUGUGUUGAUGGUGCUGUGCUGGUCGUGGGGUGUGUUGGGGUACGGGGGGCAGAAGGACUCAUCGGCGGCAGGACUGUGCCCUUCUCCGUGUCAGUGUGAGGAGGAUGGUAUCUUUGUUCUGGCGGACUGUUCUGAACUGGGACUAUCAGCUGUACCUGACAACCUCAGCCACCUAACUACUUACCUGGAUCUUAGCAUGAACAGCAUCAGUGAGCUGCAACCCAGAGUCUUCCACAGCCUGCACCUGCUGACAGAACUGCGUAUCUCAGGGAACCGGUUAAGGUACAUCUCUGGCCUCGCUCUCCAUGGUCUACACAAUCUCAAAGUGUUGAUGCUUCAGAAUAAUCAGCUGGAAAGACUUCCCAAUGACAUUCCAUGGAAUCUACCCAACCUGCUGUCUCUGCGUCUGGAUGCUAACCUGUUAUCUGAGGUGCCUGCGCGGUCACUAGGUGGUCUUAGGUCUCUAAGACACCUGUGGUUGGAUGAUAACAGUUUAACAGAGAUCCCUGUCUCUGCUUUGGACUCUCUGCCGGCCCUACAAGCUAUGACCCUCGCUCUCAACCAUAUCACUCACAUACCUGACCAUGCAUUUAGCAACCUCUCAUCACUGGUCGUACUUCAUCUCCAUAACAACCAGAUCCAGACGAUGGGAGAGAGGUGUUUCCAAGGUUUGCUCAGUCUGGAGACACUGGAUCUGAACUACAAUGAUCUACUAGAGUUUCCUACAGCCAUCAGAACCCUGGCAAAGCUUCAGGAACUUGGGUUCCACCACAACAACAUCAGAGCGAUCCCUGAGAGAGCCUUCAUGGGAAACCGCCAGCUACAGACCAUUCACUUCUAUGAGAAUCCCAUCCAGUCUGUGGGAAGAUCCGCUUUCCAGUUUUUACCUAAGCUCCAUACACUCUCCCUAAACGGGGCGACCCAGAUACGAGAUUUCCCCGACCUGAAAGGAACCACCAGCCUGGAAACACUGACAUUGACCAGGGCUGGUCUCUCUACUCUUCCUCAGCGGUUGUGUCAGCAGCUCCUCCGCCUCAGAGUACUCGAGCUGUCUCAUAAUCAGAUAGAGGAUCUUCCCAGCUUCUAUCACUGCUCUGCCCUGCAGGAAAUAGGCCUGCAGUACAACCACAUUAGGAGGAUUGAGAGGAAUACCUUCCAGCAGCUCAGCUCUCUACAGUCUCUAGAUCUCAGCUUCAACAGUAUUGAGUGGAUUCACCCUGAUGCCUUCAUUUCGUUCCAUUCUCUGACCAAGCUGGACCUGAGUGAGAACAGUCUUACAUCACUUCCUGUGGGUGGUCUGGGGGGACUGACCCAUCUGAAGCUGAAAGGAAACAUGGAGCUCUAUGAAGACUUCAGCCCUGAACUCUUCACCCGGAUGAGGGUGGUAGAGAUGCCGUAUGCGUACCAGUGCUGUGUCUACGGGUCAUGUGACAGCUAUAAGCCCAUCAGCCAACCGGAGACUGAGCAGAGCAGUGAGGAGGAGGAGCUAGACCAGAGGGCCGUCGCCCUAUACCCCAUCCACACAGACACACUCUAUGACCCAGACCUGGAGGAUCUCCAGAUGGAGAUACAGGAAUCUAAACUACAGACUAACAUCCAGUGCUCACCAGUACCAGGUCCGUUCCGGCCAUGUGACUCCCUGCUAGGCAGCUGGUUGGUCCGUGUGGGUCUGUGGUGCGUCUCCAUCGUGUCUCUACUUGGGAACUCUCUCUUGCUGCUGUCACUCUUCGGUUCGGCGGGCUAUCUCUCCCCACUGCGGUUCACCACCGCCUGCAUGGCCGCUGCCAACCUCCUAACCGGCGUAUGCACAUGCACGCUCGCCCUCGUGGACGCCCUCACGCUGGGAGAAUUUGGUCGCCACGGCGCCCGCUGGGAGUCGGGUCCCGGUUGCCAGGUGACGGGGUGGGUGUGGGUGUUUGCGUCUGAGGCGAGCGUGCUGCUGUUGACCCUGGCGGCCGUGCAGUGUGGCAUGAGCGUGACGUGCGCACGGGCCUACGGAAAGGCGCCCUCACACGGGAGCGUCCGUACGUGUGCGUUCUUCUGCCUCACCCUCUCUCUCACCCUGGCAUCCCUCCCUCUGCUCAAUGUGGGGGAGUACGGUUCCACCCCUCUCUGCCUGCCCUCCCCCGCAUCCCCCCUCCUCCCAUCCCCCUCCUCUCUAGGCUUCCCUCUCUCUCUGAUCAUGAUGAAUACACUGUGUCUGCUGAUAGUGACAGUCUCCUACAUCCGUCUGUACUGGGAGCUGCUGAGAGGAGAGUGUGAGGGGCUGUGGGACUGUAGCAUGAUUAAACACAUCACCUGGUUGAUCUUCAUCAACGGUCUCCUCUACAUCCCAGUGGCCUUCCUGUCUCUCUGCUCCCUGCUGGGACUGCUUUCUCUGGGGGAGGAGGUGCUGAAGUCUGUCCUGCUCCUUCUACAACCCCUCCCCUCCUGCCUCAACCCACUCCUCUUCCUCCUAUUCACCCGAGACCACACCCACUUCUUGUUCUGGCCACAUCCCAAGGCACGCCCCCAGUUAUACCGGGACCGCACGCUUGAAGACUCGCUGGUCUCUGUGGACACAGAGAAGAGCUUGUGUUCUGAUUUGUCGACGCAGGUGUCACUCGCCGAGGCUGACGCCCUCUACGGUGGAAGCCCCGCCCUCCAACCCCGGAUGGAUCCAAUCAGAUUAUCCCACUGCUUUUCUUCCUCCUCCUCCUCGGUUCCUCUGAUCCCGUGUCAGACACCUUCCCCCAGCCUGAGAGAAAGAGAGAUGGAGAGUGAAAGAGAGAGGGAAAGAGAUAUGGAGAGCGAGAGGGAGGCAGAGUGGUAA